AUGGAUGGUAUCGAGCCGACUGUAGUAGAUCACGGGAUGGAUCCCAACCCUUCACCACUGGAGACUACAGGAAGCACGACGACUCCAGACACACAAUAUUCGUCUCCAGCGAGUCCUUUGCAAAAGAAUGCCGUUCUAUCAGGCAGUCGACUAGUAGCCCAGAAAAAGCUCACAUUAUUGACACUAGAGGAGAAGGUAUCUUUACUCACUGCAGCGGAUUUCUGGCGGACGAACGCCAUACCUGAAAAGGGAGUCCCAGCAAUCAAGACCAGUGAUGGCCCAAACGGCGCACGUGGUGGUAUUUUUGUCGGAGGGACCAAGGCUGCUCUGUUCCCCUGCGGUAUCUCGCUAGCUGCAACAUGGAACAAAGAACUCGUCUACGAGGUUGGACAGCAUCUUGCUGGCGAGGUCAGGGCGAGAUCUGCCCAUGUUCUAUUAGCGCCAACUGUGUGCUUGCACCGACAUCCCUUGGGAGGCAGAAACUUUGAAAGUUUCUCGGAGGAUCCCCUUCUCACGGGGAAACUAGCAGCCCAGUACAUUCGGGGUCUCCAAUCCAAGGGCAUUGCUGCUGCCAUCAAGCACUUCGUGGCAAACGAGCAGGAAACUCAUAGACUGACUAUCGACUCGGUCAUGAUGGAGCGGCCGUUGCGGGAACUAUAUCUUCGACCUUUUGAGAUUGCGAUUCGAGAGGCAAAACCGUGGGCCGUCAUGUCGUCAUACAACUUGAUCAACGGUAUACACGCGGAUGAGAAUAUGCAUACGCUGAAGGAUAUCCUUCGGGGAGAAUGGGGUUACGAUGGUACCGUGGUUUCUGACUGGGGAGGCACUAAUUCAACCACUAUGUCUUUGAAGGCGGGAUGUGAUGUCGAGUUCCCCUACUCGACAAAGUGGCGGUUCGGUAAAAUUCUCAAAGCCCUCGAAGCCGGGGAGCUUGUAGUAGAUGACAUCGACCGUGCUGCUGAGAACGUCCUGACGCUAGUCGAGCGAACAAGGGAAGGGAAUAUGUCACCGGAGGAAGCAGAGCGGGAAGACAACCGAAAAGAGACACAAGCCAUAAUUCGCGAGGCGGGCGCCCAAGGUCUAACUUUGCUCAAGAAUGACCGCGCUAUUCUUCCCAUCAACCCCCAAACUGCCAAAGUUGCCGUCAUUGGUCCAAAUGCUAACAGGGCCAUCGCUGGCGGUGGUGGCAGUGCCAGUCUGAACCCCUAUUACAACACUUUGCCGCUAGACAGCAUUCGCGCGGCUUCUAAACAGCACGUCGUCUAUGCGCAAGGUUGCCACAUCCACAAGUGGUUGCCUGUGGCAUCACCUUUCUGUACUGACAAGUCUGGCAAGCCCGGCGUCACUCUCGAAUGGUUCAGCGGGGACAAGUUCGAGGGUCAAGUUGUAGUUCAACAGCGUCGAACCAAUACGGAUCUCUUUUUGUGGGACUCGGCACCCCUUGCACAACUUGGGCCCGAGUGGUCCGCCAUUGCAACGACGUAUCUUACUCCGACCACCAAUGGGAAGCAUACCAUCAGCUAUAUGUCGGUUGGGCCCGGUAAGCUUUACGUCGAUGGGAAACUAGCCCUUGACCUUUGGGACUGGACCGAGGAGGGCGAGGCUAUGUUCGACGGCUCGAUCGACUACAUGGUGGAUGUGGACAUGCAAGCGGGCAAGUCUAUCGAGUUGCGCGUGGAGAUGACGAAUGAGUUGAGACCAAUGGCGAAACAAAAUAUCGAACACAUGACCCACAAGUACGGUGGCUGUCGCAUUGGGUUUAAAGAGGAAGAUCAGGUUGACUACCUGCAGCAAGCUGUGGAUGCUGCCAAGGAGGCAGAUGUCGCUGUCGUUAUUGUUGGGCUAGAUGCCGAGUGGGAGUCGGAAGGCUACGACCGUAAGACGAUGGAUCUUCCAUCGGAUGGCAGCCAGGAUCGUCUGAUUGAGGCCGUUGUGAAGGCCAACCCUCGUACUGUCGUCGUUAACCAGUCGGGCUCGCCCGUCACCAUGCCGUGGGCCGACGAGGUGCCGGCUAUCAUCCAGGCUUGGUAUCAGGGCCAAGAAGCAGGAAAUGCGCUGGCGGAUGUGUUAUUUGGUUUCAAGAACCCAAGCGGAAAACUACCAUCAACGUUCCCUCGUAGACUUGAGGACACCCCUGCUUACCACAACUGGCCUGGUGAAAACCUCCGUGUGCUGUAUGGCGAAGGGUUAUAUAUCGGCUACCGUCAUUACGACCGCACAAACAUCCCACCGCUCUUCUCCUUCGGCCAUGGUCUUUCCUACACCUCUUUCGAGUAUGGCCGUCCAUCCCUCAGCCAGAAGACAUUAACACCUGAAGCACCAAUUCACUUGAUAAUGGCCGUCACCAAUACCGGCCCGGUCGCCGGCUCCGAAAUCAUCCAGGUCUAUAUCCGGGAUGAGAAGUCGGCGCUUCCGCGACCGGAGAAGGAACUAGCUGCCUUUGAAAAGGUAUACCUAGAGCCCGACGAGACAAAGCACAUCACACUUUCUCUAGACAAGUACGCGGUUGGGUACUUUGACCCUGCUAUCCCAGCGUGGAUUGCAGAUGAAGGGACAUUUAAGGUGUUAGUGGGUGCUUCGUCGACAGAUAUCAGGCAAUCCGCAUCGUUCAAGGUCAAAGAGUCAUUCACAUGGAUUUUCUAGUUUUCACUACUUUGCAGUCUCCGAUCUUGCAUAGAGGGGGUUUGGCUCUCGGCUCUUUAUCAUGAACAUGUGCACGGGAUGUAAUGGAUUUUUGGUGUGCCCCUAUUUGGUAUUUAGUCGAUCAUUUCCGCAUGGCAUAGUCAGAGUACGCAUAAUAAUGGUUUUCGGACUAGUUAUGGUUUUCCUAGGGCACAAGAUUCUGAGAUACCAUUCCUUUUUCAUGACACAUUCCUUAUACGAGUUUCCUUUCGCGGAGGCAUAUCUGGCAGUGUUGAGAUAACGUUGAAUACUUUCCGUACUCGGUUUAUAAUAGUGAGCAUUGCGACACAACAUUUACGUGAUGAGUUAAACGCU